AUGUCCUUUAAGAACGCUACAUUUUCGCAAGUGCUCGAUGAUCUGUCUGCACGGUUCAUUUUGAAUUUACCGGCUGAAGAACAAAGCAGUGUCGAAAGGCUUUGCUUUCAGAUUGAACAAGCACACUGGUUUUAUGAAGAUUUUAUUCGUGCACAGAAUGAUCAAUUACCAUCCCUAGGACUACGCGUAUUCAGUGCAAGGUUAUUUGCCCAUUGUCCCUUACUAUGGAAAUGGAGUAAAGUUCAUGAAGAAGCUUUUGAUGAUUUUUUACGAUACAAGACACGUAUUCCCGUUCGAGGAGCGAUUUUGCUCGACAAGUCAUUGCAACGCUGUCUUCUCGUGAAAGGGUGGAAAGCCUCCUCUGGGUGGGGGUUUCCUAAAGGAAAGAUCGACAAAGAUGAAUCAGACGUAGAUUGUGCUAUUCGUGAGGUUUAUGAAGAAACUGGUUUCGAUUUAAUGGGCCACAUCAAUCCUAAUGAGUACAUCGAAAUGACAAUCCGUGGACAAAAUGUCCGUUUGUACAUUAUUCCAGAAAUGUCUUUAGAUACAGUAUUUGAAUCGAGAACUCGCAAAGAAAUUAGCAAAAUUGAGUGGCAUAUGUUGGCUGAUUUGCCCACUUACAAAAAGUCCAAAACCGAUACGGUAAAAAACAAGUUUUACAUGGUCAUUCCCUUUUUGACUCCCCUUAAGAAGUGGAUCAAGAAACGCAACAUGGCUACAAAGACUACCAAAGAACAAGGUAUUUCUGUUGACGUUGAUGCUGACGCUUCUUCCCAACUUUUCUCUCUUUUGAAAUCAUCCACGGCUUUUACCACUAUACCCUUACCUAUCUCGCAACCAAUGGAACAGCAGGCUGUUCCUCAAAUUCCUCCAGUUGACAUUAAACAAAAAAUACUUACUUUACUCAAUGGAAAUUUAGAGCCUAAACAGUCCCUUCCAAUCUUACCAGUCUCAUCUCUCCCCCAACAGCCCCCUCGACAACUAGAUCAUUCUUGGCCAAACGGACCCUCUCUUUACGGAUUUGAUCCAUUUGCAUAUCUUGGUUUAGACCCACACAACCCUUCUGAAUCUUUCCCCAGGGUCGCUGCUACCGGUCCUCCUCCGCCCAAUGUCGCUUCCAAUCUACAAUUCCCGACUUCUUUCAGCCAUCCUCCCCCUCCACCGCCAUUUCCGGACUACUCUAGCCCUUAUGUUCAAAACAGGGAAAACUCAAGUCCUGAAGCAACUAUGCCUUCUCCUAUGGAUCUUCCUUCUCCCAAAACAGUUUAUCAUGAGGUUUUCCAUCCGCCAACUACUACAUCUGUUCAGAGUUUCAAGCCUGAACAAAAGCGUGAAGUUUAUAAUGAUACUCACCCAAGCUUGAACAUGCAGAUUCCUGCGUAUACGAAUCAAAUGAUUGAUCCGUUUCCUACUAUACAACAUCGGCAAAAAAUGAAAAGCUUUCACGAUGAAUCUUCUUUAAAUCGAUCACAGAAUGACGCUUCCUCUAGGAAACUUUUAGAUAUGAUUUCUUCUCCUAAACCGGCUCAUUCUUUUCCAACUUCUCGAGAUGGUUCUUCUCAAAAGCUGGUCAACGUUUUACUAAGCACUCCUAAGCCCGACAAUAAUGUCAAUGUCCCUGAAAAGGCUGAGACGAUAAAUAAACCUGCUGUUUCCAAGCUCUCUACUCAACCUUCGUCUCAUUCUGAACAGCUGCUUGAAGCGUUGUUGAACCCAUCAACCUUCUCUCUACCUUCGAACUUAUCUUCAUCAGCCAUUACUAAUAACGAGUUAAACGGAGCCCAACCUUUAGAAACAAAAGCAUCACCGAAACCAAAAAGUAGAGGUGUUCAGUUGGACGCCAAGAGCGAAGCUGAAGAUAAUGAUGCUACAAGGAAAAAAAAGACGGAAGCCCUGAAGAACGUUUUACUGGGUAGUUCAGUCCAGCCUAUGGCUAAUACAUCAACUGAGGUGCCCAUACAGCUUACAGCAAAAGCUGAUCAUUCAAUUCAAGAACCAACUACACCAGGUACCUUCCCUGGUUCUGUAAAGAUCCUCAAGCGGGCUCCAUCUUCAGAAGUUGAUGACAAAAGCAAGCAGACUGUUGAAAAGUCAUCCGAUGAAUACUUCCUUUCUUAUCUACAAAGCGUAGUUCCUUGGAUUAUUCAAUUAAUUGUUAAAUAA